UUUAUUUGCUUAAGAUGACUCGAGAAGUCGUAGGUUCAUCCCCCUGUAAAGAAGGCCUUACAUACUGAUCUUUUGAAUUUAGAAUGGUACAGAUCAGCUUGAGCUCGAGGUCAUCGAGAUUUAGAGCAGAGUUGGUUAGUCAUGAAGAUCAUCGGACUUGUUUAGACUUGUACCAUAUAUUGGACAAAUGCAAUUGUGUCUAUCGUAACCAUUUGCGUUUAGGUUCCAACCGGUCCGAGUCACGUUUGGUACACUAGGCAGGUUUCGAAUGAUCUGCGAUCAUUAUACCAGGUCUGUCAUUAUAUAUUUUGGGUUUGUGCCAGUCUGCACUUCCCUCUUUUAAGUCAUAGUUUGGGCGCGAUGGCCAUAAGCUUUAGGACUGCCCGAAGGUUCUCGAUGGGAUUGAUUGGGACGCUCUCUCUCGUAUGCCUUGCACUCUCCCUCUUUCUCUGGGGAGCCGGAUACUCCAAGUCGAACAACAUCGGUGCUGUGAUCGUCAUCUCGACAGCCGCAUUCAUCGGCUCGAUAUGGACAAUAUUUACGAAGGUGGUACAUAAACCGCAGCUCGUUUCAGUAGAGGCCACAUGGUCGUUUGCCCUGUUACCUUUCGAAAUAUGUCUUUUCUCCAUCAACCUCGAUAUCGCAAACGUGCCUGCUGCACAUGCCGCCUACCUGUGCCUCGCAACAGUUAUAUGGCUCAACGCAGCUCUGGUUUUCAUAUACGCGGCAACCAUCAUUCUCCUUGCCUUCUUUACUCAGGUUUUGCACGAUCAGGAUGUUUGGUCCCGCGACAUUGAUUCGAGUCCGUCUCCGUUCCCACUGCAUAUCAUUGUCGCAUACGCCUUUUCGUCUCUAACUCGACCCUUUUCCUUGGUUACCCGUCAAAACAGGCCGACGUCUCCUGUAUCGAAGGAGCACUGUUUCCCUGGCUGUACUUGCUCCCGUAAACUUCCCAACUCGUCUCUUGCAGACCUGCGGACUCUCGGACCAACCUUGGAGAACGUUACCGGCGAUGUAUCAAGGAGUCCGCACCCCCUUAUCAACAUUCGUGUCCCGACAGCGAUGGAAAGACCGAAGCCAAUUGCCAUCACACUUCGGUCACGAUAAAGCUUGUCA